GUCGCAUGGAAGCUGAGAGGCGUGAAGUCUUCAUGAGGUAUCUGGCAUAUGGAGGUGUCGACGUCGGUCCUAAGAUGUUCACCGGAGUGGAUGAGCAAGAGCUCCAACAACUUGAUAGUGAGCAAGCUCUUAUCGCUAAAGGGCAGACAAACAUCCGUCAGGAGUGUACGAAGCUUACAGUCGAUUUCAAUGCUGUUGUGAAGGGGUACCUGUAAGACAACCUAGUUGUAACUAGACGGGUUCGACAUGGCUAACAUCUGGCAGGACUUCGUACUUCCCAUACUUCUUUAAUCCCGAAACCGAGGACAUGGUGAAGCUAGCCACUAUCACAAUCCGAAAUUUUCUCUCUUACCUCCUCUACCAUGAGGUGUGCCCCGAGUACAAAGAGAAUAUUGACGAGGCGCGCAGGUCGUGUGAUAUCGCAACCAAAGAACUGUGGCAGAAUCAAGAGUUCGCAACUUCCAGUCCCGGGGAUUUUAAUAAGGCCUGCUCUACUCUCUUCGGUGGCUUCUUCUACGAUGUAGAUGUCGAAGGAAAUAGUUGGAAUAACCGAAACAACGGAAACUUCCUUAUGAAGAACGACGUCGCACGUAAAGUGGUCAAGCUCGCGAUAGCUGGUUCGGGAACAAAUGCCAUGGCCCUUCAAUUCCAGACGUUGGCUAAACAGAAUGUUUUGCAUUCGACGCUUGUGCCGGAUAUUCACGGCUUCGAGGUAAUUGCGGUCUUCCCUCCCUCAUCAGAAGUUCGUGAGUUCUACAGACACCACGCACCUGACCUGAACCCUGUUGGACGAAUGGUCGGAAAAGCGUACCGUGAUCCUGGAAAGCCUCGCUAUGAUCUAAGUGCGGAGGAGAGAUUGAUGUGGGAAACUGGGACUGCGUCGAUGUCUGAUUUCCAAUUUUUCCUAGAAGAAAGUCUGCUCAAGCUCUGUUACCCCAAGAUGAAAGUGAUCACUCCGGUGUGGGAACUCAACUGCGGAUUGAACUUCUUUGAAGACGUUCGUACUGUUUACAGUUCGAUCUACACUGUUCUCUGCAACGAUCUUAUGCUGGGCUACAAGCAGCCGGUUGACUUGACCAGAAAAGAACAGGAUGAGUUUGAGGAGAUCGAGGAGCCGAACGGUGAUGGGGUGGGGAAGGAAAAGACGACGCUGUAA